UUGCAAGAAAACUUAACCAAUAAAGUAAGAGUUGCUCAAAUGUAUGGUCUAUGCUUAAGAAAGAACAUUUUGGAUCGACUGUAUCGUGACCGACAUCAACAAAGCCCCCAAGAUCUCUAUCAUGCAAUGGCUAGAAAGACGUUCCCAGAAUCUUUUCUCUAUCUUCCAAAUCUUCAUACCAAUAUGUAUUUAGUUACGAAUGCAAAGAAUUAUGGAACUUUAAUUAAUACUGCUUGUGGUGUUAAAGAAGCUAUGCAUGGUUUAUUCAAAACAUUUGUUCCACAUACAAACAAAAAAAAUAUUGAUCUUGACCUGUUAAGACAUUAUAAUACUCUCCAGGCAUUACAUUUUUGGCUUGAUG